AUGGCAGACACUAUGUCCAUCGAUAACAAUGACAACAUUAAACACGACGACUCCGACUCACUAGACUCUGGCGCCGAAGGCGAGCCUUUGUCGGCUGGCGGCGGCAACGGCGGCAACGGCAACAAUGCGCAGGACAGUCAGCCCAUCAAGCGCAAGGGCGGCCGCAAGCCCAUCUACGCGACGUCCGAGGAGCGCAAGCAGCGCAACCGACAGGCGCAGGCCGCCUUCCGCGAACGCCGCACCGAGUACAUCAAACAGCUCGAGGAAACAAUUCGCGUCCACGAGCAGAACCUGCACAACCUCCAGACCGCCCACCGCCAUGCCGCCGACGAAUGUCUGAUGCUGCGCUACAAGAACUCGCUGCUUGAGCGCAUCCUGCUCGAGAAAGGAAUUGACGUGCAAGCGGAGCUGCGCGCCAAGACCGGCAGCCCCAACCUGGGCCCUACACACAUGCCACAGAAUAUGGUGCAACCACCGCCCUUGCCACGAUCCAUCAUCAACCGCCACCACGCUCGCCGAUCCAAUUCCAGCAUUGCACCCAAGCUCGACGUUACUGGCACGUCCCUGCCCGGAGCGGGCCUCGUCGGAAUCAAUCCAGGCCACCCAACGCCGACGUCGGUCGUCGCGUCGCCAAAGAGUCGGCCCACGCCAUCAUCGCACUCUGCGUCACCUGCAGCCUCCACAUCUGUCUACGGCCAGUCACCAGCUGCAUCUACGUCCGACCCAUCCGCAUCGAUCCGGUCAGUCAUGUCGGCCCCGGCGCCACCACCGCCGCCACCACCUGCACAGGUGCACCAAGCACCACCAGUCACAGCAGCGGCCGCGAUGAAGGCAGCGCAGCUGGGUGGCCCUAUUACCGGCAUAUCAGGCCCCGUGCCACCUCGAACGAUGCAGCAGCGCCAACGCCAACACCACGCACAACAGCAGCAGCAGCAGCAGCAGCAACAACAACAGCAGCAGCAACAGCAGCAACAACAGCAGCCAAUACUACAGCACCCGCAGCACCAACUGCCACAACAUCAGCAGCUCCCGCAACCGACACACCCGCAACACCAACAUCAUCCGCAGCAGCCACCACAGCACCAACAGCCGCACCAUCAACAGCAGCAUCCACACCACGCACAGCAUCCGCAACACACCCAGCACCAGCAGCACCAACAGGCACCUCUGCCGUCACCACAGCCGGCCACGCCACGGUCAUCCAGCGGUGUUGGAGGUGCUCCGUACUACGCGCUGCCCGGGUUCCAGAACCACAUCGACCAGCUCGAGCAGGAAUACGACGCCGCGGACGACAUUAUGGAAGACCCGUCCGAGACGCCCGAUACCCCCUCGGGCCCCAACCCGUACUCAGCGACCGCCUUCUCGGCAGCGCCGCCACCCCUCAGCCUCGCAAGCCCAGCCACCAGUGUUGCGCCCUCCACGGCCCCUUCCAUCAACCUGGGCGCCACCGGCGGCAAUGGUGCCGGCGCGCCCGGUACGGCUGUGAGCGGUGGUUCGAACGGCUACCCAUCAAUGACCCAGCUACUCGACCCGGCACUCGACUGGGAUCCCUUUGGACUCAGCGCCAGCAUGCAGUUCCCGACGCAAUUCUCCUUUGACACGAGCAACACCCGAUAA